AGAGAGCGCCUGUUUACCUUGACGUCACGGCCUCCAUGACUACGGAGGACUCAGCCGCUUGAGAGGGGUGGUGGUGGUGGUUAUCGCUAGUGUGUACCGGGAUCUGGCGUCAUGGGUUUGCUGUCAAUCCUGCGCAAACUGAAGAGUGCACCUGACCAAGAGGUGCGUAUUUUACUUCUUGGACUAGACAAUGCUGGCAAAACAACACUUCUCAAACAGCUUGCCUCUGAAGACAUCAGUCAUAUCACCCCUACCCAGGGUUUUAACAUUAAAAGUGUGCAAUCUCAAGGCUUUAAAUUGAAUGUUUGGGACAUUGGAGGUCAGAGGAAGAUCAGACCCUACUGGCGAAACUAUUUUGAAAACACAGAUGUUCUGAUUUAUGUCAUUGACAGUGCAGACAGAAAACGAUUUGAAGAAACUGGCCAGGAAUUGGCUGAACUUCUGGAAGAAGAAAAACUGAGUGGGGUUCCAGUUUUGAUAUUUGCAAACAAGCAGGAUUUGAUGACCGCAGCACCAGCUUCAGAAAUUGCAGAGGGCCUGAAUCUUCACAUUAUCCGGGAUCGAAUCUGGCAAAUCCAAGCUUGCUCAGCAAUGACUGGAGAAGGGGUACAGGAUGGGAUGUCUUGGGUCUGCAAGAACAUAGCAACAAAGAAAAAAUAGCCAGAACGAGAGAGAGAGCGAGCGAGCAAGCAGCACCAACAGGCAGGGAACUCUUCUGACGAUUUUCUGACAAAAGGCAGCACAGUUGUAUGAUCACUGAUGGUACUGGGAAGGCAGCAUUGACUUAUGUGGUGACUUUUAAAUGCUGCUGGAUAGACUAUUGGUAUUUCCAAGUUUAAAAAAAAAGCUCAUCACAGAUGCAGAUUUGUAACUUUCUAGAAUUAGAACUUUAUUCCAAAAGAAGACCAGUGAAUGACAUUAAGUAGAGUGAGUACAGCUUCUGUCUGGAUCCUACGACUGGCCCUCUCUGACAAAUUAGGCAAAUUUGUAACAGUAGACUUCAGGACUGAACAUGCACUUGUCUGCAUACCUCUAAGUAUAAGGGGUCUACGGUGUAACUUAAUCCAUGACUACUGGAUGUCCAUUUCGUAGUCUUAAAAACACAAACAAUGUGAUCAUAUAUAGUCUUCGGUUUAGUCAGUAUUUAGGAGUGGCAGACUUUUUUUUAAUUUUUUUUAUUUGGGAAUCUGUGUGCACAGUGGGUUGGGUAAUGCUAUGGACUUGGUCACAUUUUUCAAAUCUUUUUGAGUCUCUUGUGCAUAUCAGAUGUCCCACUGCAGGCAAGUACACAGUUUUUCCUUCAGUCAGCCUCUGCUUCAUGGCUGGAAUGGCCAAACUUUGUAGAAACCAAAGCAUGCUGAAGGGGAGCUAUGAAACAUUCCAUAUGGAAUACUGUGCGUAAUGAAAUGUAUAGUAGAUGUCGCCACUUACAAUAAGAUUAGUACAAGGCCAUGUGUGUAUUACUGAUCCUUUUUCAGAAACUUGUUAGUAAAUCAUCAUGGUUAAGCAUCUUGUGGCUAAAAGAGACAUGAAUAUCUGUGACUCGGAAAGUGCAAGACACUUUACAGAUGUUUUGUUUCCAUGUAAAAUUACUUUCCAGCUAUAAAGGGCACCUUAUUGUUGAUGCUUGAUUCAGUUUGUUUAAAAAAUGUAUUUAUGUUUCAUGUUCUGACCCAGAAUUUGACAUUAAAGAUUUUUUUAGUAAUCAGUAUUAAA